AUGACAGAUUUUUGGGAAAAUCUAUUCAAAAUAUACAUAGAAAGACUCACUGCAUUUUCAUCAUCAUCAUCAUCAUCAUCAUCAUCAUCAUCAUCAUCAUCAUCAUCAUCAUCAUCAUCAUCAUCAUCAUCAUCAUCAUCAUCAUCAUCAUCAUCAUCAUCAUCAUCAUCAUCAUCAUCAUCAUCAUCAUCAUCAUCAUCAUCAUCAUCAUCAUCAUCAUCAUCAUCAUCAUCAUCAUCAUCAUCAUCAUCAUCAUCAUCAUCAUCAUCAUCAUCAUCAUCAUCAUCAUCAUCAUCAUCAUCAUCAUCAUCAUCAUCAUCAUCAUCAUCAUCAUCAUCAUCAUCAUCAUCAUCAUCAUCAUCAUCAUCAUCAUCAUCAUCAUCAUCAUCAUCAUCAUCAUCAUCAUCAUCAUCAUCAUCAUCAUCAUCAUCAUCAUCAUCAUCAUCAUCAUCAUCAUCAUCAUCAUCAUCAUCAUCAUCAUCAUCAUCAUCAUCAUCAUCAUCAUCAUCAUCAUCAUCAUCAUCAUCAUCAUCAUCAUCAUCAUCAUCAUCAUCAUCAUCAUCAUCAUCAUCAUCAUCAUCAUCAUCAUCAUCAUCAUCAUCAUCAUCAUCAUCACCAUCAUCAUCAUCAUCAUCAUCAUCAUCAUCAUCAUCAUCAUCAUCAUCAUCAUCAUCAUCAUCAUCAUCAUCAUCAUCAUCAUCAUCAUCAUCAUCAUCAUCAUCAUCAUCAUCAUCAUCAUCAUCAUCAUCAUCAUCAUCAUCAUCAUCAUCAUCAUCAUCAUCAUCAUCAUCAUCAUCAUCAUCAUCAUCAUCAUCAUCAUCAUCAUCACCAUCAUCAUCAUCAUCAUCAUCAUCAUCAUCAUCAUCAUCAUCAUCAUCAUCAUCAUCAUCAUCAUCAUCAUCAUCACCAUCAUCAUCAUCAUCAUCAUCAUCAUCAUCAUCAUCAUCAUCAUCAUCAUCAUCAUCAUCAUCAUCAUCAUCAUCAUCAUCAUCAUCAUCAUCAUCAUCAUCAUCAUCAUCAUCAUCAUCAUCAUCAUCAUCAUCAUCAUCAUCAUCAUCAUCAUCAUCAUCAUCAUCAUCAUCAUCAUCAUCAUCAUCAUCAUAG